GGAGAGAAACCUCAUGAAUGUCAGACAUGUGGAAAGGCCUUUAUUCAGACCUCUAGCCUCAGUAUAUAUAGAAGUAUUCACACUGGAGAGAAACCAUAUAUGUGUAAGGAAUGUGGAAAGGCCUUUACUCAAUCCUCCGGCCUCAGUAUACAUAGGAGAAUUCACACUGGAGAGAAACCGUAUAUAUGUAAGGAAUGUGGGAAGGCCUUUGAUGUAGCCUCAACUCUUAGUGAACAUAGGAAAAUUCACACUGGGGAGAAAAUAUAUAUAUGUAAGAAAUGUGGAAAGGCCUUUGCUAGACCUUCAAAAUUUACUGUACAUAGGAGAAUUCACACUGGAGAGAAACCGUAUAUAUGUAAGGAAUGUGGGAAGGCCUUUGGUGCAGCCUCAAGUCUUAGUGUACAUAGGAGAAUUCACACUGGAGAGAAACCGUAUAUAUGUAAGGAAUGUGGGAAGUCCUUUGCUGUAGCCUCAAAUCUUAGUGUACAUAGGAGAAUUCACACUGGAGAGAAACCUUUUAUAUGUAAGGAAUAUGGGAAGGCCUUUGUUGUAGCCUCAAUACUUAGUGACCACAGGAAAAUUCACACGGGAGAGAAACCAUAUAUAUGUAAGGAAUGUGGAAAGGCCUUUACUAGAUCCUCAGGCCUCAGUAUACAUAGGAGAAUUCACACUGGAGAGAAACCGUAUAUAUGUAAGGAAUGUGGGAAGGCCUUUGCUGUAGCCUCAACUCUUAGUGAACAUAGGAAAAUUCACACAGGGGAGAAACCAUAUAUAUGUAAGGAAUGUGGAAAGGCCUUUACUAAAUCCUCACGCCUCAGUAUACAUAGGAGAAUUCACACUGGAGAGAAACCGUAUAUAUGUAAGGAAUGUGGGAAGGCCUUUGCUGUAGACUCAACUUUUAGUGAACAUAGGAAAAUUCACACAGGGGAGAAACCAUAUGUAUGUAAGGAAUGUGGAAAGGCCUUUGCUACAUCUUCAAAACUUACUGUACAUAGGAGAGUUCACACUGGAGAGAAACCGUAUAUAUGUAAGGAAUGUGGGAAGGCCUUUGCUAGAGCCUCAAAACUUACUGUGCAUAGGAGAAUUCACACUGGAGAGAAACCGUAUAUAUGUAAGGAAUGUGGUAAGGCCUUUGCUGAAGCCACAAGCCUUAGUGUACAUAGGAAAAUUCACACUGGAGAGAAACCGUAUAUAUGUAAGGAAUGUGGGAAGGCCUUUCCUACAGCCUCAAAACUUACUAUACAUAGAAGAAUUCACACUGGAGAGAAACCGUAUAUAUGUAAGGAAUGUGAAAAGGCCUUUGCUACAGCCUCAAGCCUUAAUGUACAUAGGAGACUUCACACAGGAGAGAAACCAUAUAUAUGUAAGGAAUGUGGCAAGGCCUUUAACAGGACAAGUCAUUCAAGCAAGUUUCCUUUGGACACGAAGGUCAAGGGUAUUUGUUUAAAAAAGUGCAGUUAA